UUCACAUGUACACUGCUCAAAUAGUGACGUACAAGAACGGUACCUCUAUAAAGAACACUCUUAUGACGUAAUAUCAUGUGAUACUCGGACACGUCACGCCGACCACACUUAUGUGGGCGUCAUAUUAAACCGUUCGAGAUAGUGCGCGGGAAAGCCGCGUCGGAGACAAGUGCAGCCCGGCUCAUGACCGCAGCAUUACGUAUAUACUGUAUACACUGCGCUACGGCAUGAAAUGCAGGAAAAACAUUCACACAGAGCUGACCGCCGCCCCGCAACCUAGCGCGUCUCAUCUCCUGCAGCACAACACACCGAGAGCAUUGCUGAAGGAUUGCAAGGAGCCUGCACACCACAGCUAGACGCAGGCGCGGUGGCCAAGUGUUUCGAUGUGCUGCUGUGGCGUGCACAAAGAAGAAGAUCCGAAGAUGAUGAGAGACGUCGCCACCAACGGAGAUAUUGGAUCCAUUCCAUCACUGCGGCAUGGAUGAUCCAUGGGGUGCACAGCACUUUGUACUUGGAGCUUUGCCAGCACCCAGACAAGUUUGCAAGCUACCUACGGAUGACGGUUGAAAACUUUGAUGACCUCCUGCAACGCAUCCAAGACAGGAUUUGCCGCCAAGACACCCACCUCAGACAGAGCAUCUCACCAGAUGAAAGCCUCAUUGUAACCCUUAGCUUCCUGGCAUCCGGCGAAAGUUUCUCGUCGCUCCACUUACAGUUUCGCCUGGGAAUUUCCAUCUCUGGGAUUGUCCGGACCACCUGCGAGGCGGAGUAUUACAACUACAAGAAGUUCUUCUCCACCAUACUUAUGGGCAUUGCGGAUGCGCAGUACAGAUUCAUCACUGUGGACAUGGGGUCAUAUGGAAGAACCAACGACUCCCGUGUGUUCAAGACAUCUGCCAUGGGGAGGAGGAUCUACUCUGGUAAGAUGGGACUUCCUGAAACAAGGGCCUUUCCUGGGACUGAUGGACCUCCAAUGCCCUUUGUUUUUGUUGGGGACAAGGCCUUCCAGAUGUGUUGCCAACUUGCUGAAGCCUUACUCCAGCCGAGGACUCAACUACAGACUGUCUCGUGCCAGACGCUAUGUGGAGUGUGCCUUUGGAAUUUUUGCGGGCAAAUGGUGGAUCUUCACACGGCCAAUCCAACUGCACCCGGACGUGGUUGAUCAGAUUGUUAAGGCAACUGUUGUUCUCCACAACUUUGUACUAACCAAGGAGCCUCACCCCAGUGAUCCUGAAGAAGUGGAAGCAGCUCUGCCUGGACUACAACAAUCAUCAAGAAGAUCAACCCAGGCCGUCAUGCGUCUCCGAGAUGAUUUUGCACGGUAUUUCUUGACAGAAGCUGGCAGAGUGUCUUGGCAGGAUCGUAUGCUCUGAACUCGUUUGGACUUUUUUUUUUAAUCCACUUUUGAUAGGAAACUGAUGUAUU